CACCCAAGCCCCUCUUCAUUGUCUAACAUAUAAUAGAUCAUGAAGCCUUUACUUAUUCCAAGAGCUCUUCGCUCUCCUAGCCUUGCCCGGCCAAUCUUGCAAGCAUCAUGGGCCCGCCCGGUUCUCCGAUCUGCUGCCUCAGCAUCCCCCGCCAUCGCAACGCAUCGGCUACAUGCACGGCAAUUCCGCCACCAGUCAACACCACGAGACGAUAAUACCACUGUGCCAACGCCUCCAGACUUCGCAUUUGCCUUUGAUAUUGAUGGUGUUCUCCUCCGUUCCUCCAAAAGCCUACCGGGUGCCUCGUCAACCCUGCGAUUUCUAAAUAAACACUCGAUUCCUUUCAUCCUCCUGACCAACGGCGGCGGCAAGCACGAAACCGAACGCGUCGCAGAGCUAAGCUCCAGAUUCAAUGUUCCGUUAAGCCUAGAGAACUUUGUGCAGAGCCACACGCCAUUUCAAGAGAUGGUCAACGGCAGCAACGACUACGAGGCGCUGAAAGACAAGACGAUUUUCGUCACCGGAACCGAUCAGCAACGAGUUCGGGAUAUUGCUCACAGAUAUGGCUUCAAGAACGUUGUGACUCCGGGGGAUAUUCUUACCGCUCACCCAAAUAUAUGGCCCUUCGCCGCUCUUCAUGCUUCACACUAUUCCUCUAUCGCCAAGCCGCUCCCUCCCGGACCUCUCAAGAUCGACGCCAUCUUCGUGUUCUCCGAUCCCCAGGACUGGGCACUUGACACGCAAAUCAUACUGGACCUCCUUCUCUCCUCCAAAGGCGAGCUGAACACCUACUCCGCCAAGAACGGGGACAAGUCGCUCCCCAACAACGGCUGGCUGCAGGACGGCCAACCAAAGCUCAUCUUCAGCAACCCCGACCUGUUCUGGGCCACCUCGCACCCUCUUUCGCGGCUCGGCCAGGGCGGCUUCCGCGCCGCAUUCCAGGGCGUGUGGGACGAAGUUACCGAUGGCGCGGAGUUAACUAAGCUCGUCAUGGGGAAGCCUACGCAGGAGACGUAUCUGUAUUCGGAGCGCGUGCUUCAGAAGCACAGGGUCGAGAUAUUGAGUGCUCUCCACGAGGAAGUGGGGGAUCUCAAACAGGUGUUUAUGAUUGGGGACAACCCGGAGAGUGAUAUCAGGGGUGCUAAUAAUUUCAAGAGCCCGACUGGGACGAGCUGGGAUAGUAUUCUGGUGAAGACGGGGGUGUGGCAGGAGGGGAAGCCACCAAAGUACGAGCCGAAGAUGAUUGUGGAUAACGUGCAGGCGGCGGUUAAGUGGGCAUUGAAGAAGCAAGGGUAUUCUUAUGACGAAGCUGAGUUCGCCGAUGAGAAGUAGUGGCUGUGAUUACCAUGCCAGCCGUAUUCGGUUGUGAAGCAACAGCUAGUUGCUAAGGUGCACAUUCUUAGCUUUGUCUACUAUUACAUUAGACUAGACAAUAUUAUAUAAUUCCUCC